UUUUUCCUUAAACCCGUAGUUCUAAUCUAGAUUUCCUUGCAUCCUGCACAGCAAGUGUUUGAUUAUAUUCCUCUAAGACCAGCACUCUUUCACUGGGCAAAAUCUUCCGAUUUUCGAUGAUUUUCCUGAGUUACCUCUCGUUGCUACUUUGACCUCUCUCUCUCUCUCUGCUGUUCAGUUCAGAGAAGUCGUCUGAAACGUUGUGACCUCUUCCUGGUUCGAAUGACAAGGAUGUCCGUAAAGCUGAGACCAGCAGGUUUAAGAGAAAUGAAAUUUGAGUAAAAGACUAGGUUUUAAGCACCAAGACAACGGGGAAAGAGCGGGAUAGUGCAGUUCAACUUCUUCAGUCUCCAUUCGCACUGCUCUUCGGAUAAUAAAUGUCUCCAGGGGUUCGCCAACUUACCGUCCUCGGAAAGUUCAAACCUUUCGGUCUAAUCGCCGAAGCUACCGACGAUAAACCUCCAGACGAUAAUGUUGCUGACCCGUACCAGUAUUUUCUAUUCGAUCCUGAGCUCACCGGCCAGCAAUACGAUGCUGAUGGCAAUGAUGGUAACUUCUAUCGGCAGAGAGAGCAUGAGCUCUUCAUCCGAGACAACCGCAUAAUCUGGACAAGCGGUUCUCGCGUGCUCAAGCGGUUUACCUUGUCUUCUGCCAUCAUCAAGGCAUGCUGGAGUCACCUGGGUCGAGGGGCAGAAGCAUUUCUUUGUGUCUUACAAAUUGGUUGUUUAACAAUAUACAACACGUCAGGCGAAGUUGUAUCUGUUCCACUUCCACGUACUGUCAUAUCAAUAUGGCCUCUACCAUUUGGUCUACUUCUUCAGCAAACUGCUGAAAUGAAUCCAUCCUCAUAUGCUCCAUUUUCUUCUGCUAGCCCCACCCUUGGUUCUCGUGAGAUGCUGCGCCAAAGAAAAGAAAUGGGGAAUAUUUCACCACAGAACUUCCAUUCCCCAGUCACACAUGACCUCACUAGCAAAAGAGACAUGUCUUACAUGUCUUCUCAUCUGAUACUAAGAGAUCCUUUAGAGGAGCCUGGGCCAACCUAUAUAGAAGAGAGGGGAAAAAUGAACAUAAUGAAGGACUAUGAUGAGAGAACAAUUUGGACAAGUGACUGUCUUCCUCUUAUGACCUCUUAUAAUAAAGGCAAGCUGCAACAUUCUGUGUGGGCAGCCGAAUUUAUUGAUUCGAACGUUGAAGCUUCUGCUUCGUGUUCAAGCGGCAUUGUUCCGGAUGCUGUUAUCCCAAAGCGAGUAUCUUUUCGCAGAAUAUGGCAAGCCAAAGGUGCUAAGAAAGCUGCGUCUAAGGUCUUUUUGGCAACUGAUGAUGCAAUCCCAGUAAUUUGCUUCCUGAUAUUAGAACAAAAGAAGCUGUUAUCGGUGGGACUUCAAACUGUUGAGAUCAAUAAUGAAAUUCUGUUUGACGUUAAGCCUGAUACAAGCUGGAGUGUCUCUGCAAUUGCUGCUGCACCUGUUGUUGUGACGCGUUCUCAAGUGAAAAUUGGACUGCUUCCACAUUUGGAUAUCAUUGUAUUAUCUCCAGAAAAUGAACUCUUUCUUUAUUCAGGAAAACAAUGUCUCUGUAGAUACGCACUGCCUUCUUGGUUGGGCGAAAGUCUCGGUUCUGGUGAUAGAGAGUCUGCAAAGACAGACUUAAAUUCCCGGGACCUGAAGAUUACAGGAUUGUCUGAUGCUGUGUUGGGAUGUAUCAAUCUAUCAGUGAAUCAUUCACAGAUCUUUCGGUGUGCCUUAACUGGUAACCCUUCAUCUUCACUUGCAAAUGAUUGCAUAGCAGCCAUAGCUGCGGGAUUACGAUCCGAUCUCUACAAUUUGUUUCUCUCUCUUCUUUGGGGAGAUGGUUAUUCUGACCAGCAAGGUUCCAGUAUUCAUUUUGAAUGGGAAGCGUUAUGCAACAUUUUUAUGGGGAUCUGUCAAAAACCUACUGUUGUGCAUCCGAAGCAACCCAAAACAUCAUCAGAGUCAUCCUGGGAGUUUUUACUCAGCAGCAAAUUUCAUAUGACCUACUCUACGUUUCAUAGUGGUAUUACUUUAAUUAACCCUUUGGAUCUGGAAGGAAUCGCCCCAUUUGGUUCUAUGGCUGGCAGUGGAGAAAUACCAGGCAACUCAUUUGAGUUAAUGGUCCAGAGUUUAGAUUCUCUUCAUGCAGUGUAUGAGAGCUUGAAGAUGGAUAAUCUGCGGAAACAGGAUUUGCAUCAGUUAGCUGUUUUACUGUGCAAUAUUGCCAAGUUUCUGGGUGAGAAGUGUUACUUAGAUCACUAUAUACGUGAUUUUCCUCGUCUUUCCAAAAUUACUGGGGCAUGCACAGCCCUUUCUUCUAGCAGAAAACCUCCAAAUCUAUUCAGAUGGCUUGAGAACUGUUUGAGACGUGGAUGUUUAUCCACAAAACUUGAUGACCUCCCAGAUUUGAUCCGUAAAGAUGGGUGCUCCAUUGUGAGCUGGGCAAGAAAAAUUGUUUCCUUCUACAGUGUUUUAUUUGGUGAUAAGCCCGUAGGACAGAAACUUUCGUCAGGUGUCCCCUGUAAUAUUGCGCCAGGAUCAUACUCCAGUAACGAGGAACUUGCUAUCCUAGCUAUGGCUGGAGAGAAAUUUGGGCUUCACCAACUGGAUUUGCUACCUUCUGGUGUAUCUCUCCCACUGAGACAUGCACUGGAUAGCUGUCGAGAAUCUCCUCCAGCUGACUGGCCAGCAAUUGCUUAUGUGCUUCUUGGUCGAGAAGAUAUGGCCCUAUCCGUCUUCAGAAAUAUGAGUUCAUCUAAGGAAUUUGAGAUGCAGUCAAAUACGAGUUUGAUAUCGAUGUCCAUACCGUACAUGCUGCAUUUGCAUCCAGUAAUUGUUCCAUCCUCUUUAUCUGAGUCGAUUGGCUUGGAAACCACUAAGAUUGAGGAUACAAAUUCUGUGGAUGGUUCUGUGAUAGAUGGAAUGGAGCAUAUCUUUAACUCCUAUACGCAGUUGCGGUAUGGCCGAGAUCUGCGGCUUAAUGAGGUUCGACGUCUUUUGUGUUCUGCACGACCUGUGGUAAUUCAAACGUCUGCUAACCCUACUAUAUCAGAUCAGGAGCAGCAACAGGACCAGCUUUGGCGCAUAGCACAGAGGACUUCUGUGCUUCCCCUCGGGCGUGGAGCAUUUACAUUAUCAACAAUACACACUCUUUUAACGGAGGCGUUUACUGUUCCAAAGCUUGUUUUAGCUGGUCGGCUGCCUGCCCAACAAAAUGCCAUUGUUAACCUAGAUCCAAACAUAAGGAAUAUCCAAGAACUUAAGACCUGGCCAGAGUUUCAUAAUGCUGUUGCUGCGGGGUUACGACUGGCUCCGCUUCAGGGAAAGGUAUCCAGAACGUGGAUUAGAUACAAUAAACCUGGAGAGCCAAAUGCUGUUCAUGCUGGACUUCUGUUUGGGCUGGGAUUACAGGGAUAUUUGCAUGUGUUAAACCUUAGUGACAUAUACCAAUAUUUCACUCAGGACCAUGAGAGCACCACGGUAGGUUUGAUGCUUGGUCUGGCAGCGUCGUACAGGAGAACAAUGCAACCUGAUAUUGCAAAGGCUCUCUUUUUCCACGUUCCUGCUCGAUAUCAAGUUUCAUAUGCUGAGUUUGAGAUACCAACACUUCUACAGUCUGCAGCUUUGGUCUCCGUUGGCAUUCUAUUUGAAGGAUCAGCACACCUGCAGACGAUGCAAUUACUUUUGGGUGAAAUUGGCCGCAGAAGUGCAGGGGACAAUGUCCUUGAAAGGGAGGGUUAUGCUGUAUCUGCAGGAUUCUCACUUGGUCUUGUUGCUUUGGGCCGUGGAGGUGAUGCGCUCGGUUCCAUGGACUCCUUUGUCAAUCGCUUACUCCAGUAUUUGGGAGCAAAAGAGGAAAGAUCUCUCCUUGCACCAUCAAAUGAAGAUCACCGAAGUGCUGCACAGAUAACAGACGGAAGCACUUCCAAUGUUGAUAUAACUGCACCUGGAGCGAUAAUCGCUCUCGCAUUAAUGUAUCUUAAGACAGAAUCAGAGGUCAUUGUCUCAAAGCUCUCUAUUCCGCAAACACAUUAUGAUUUGGAGUGCGUAAGACCUGAUUUCAUAAUGCUCCGUGUCAUUGCUCGGAACUUGAUAAUGUGGAGCAGGAUCCGUCCUACGUGUGAUUGGAUUCAGUCUCAAGUUCCUGAUGUUGUCAAAAAUAGCAUCAGCCACCUCCAAGAUGACAUGGAUGAUAUGUAUGAGGUGGAUGGUGAAGCCCUUGUGCAGGCAUAUGUCAAUAUAGUGGCCGGGGCCUGCAUUUCACUAGGACUGAGAUUUGCUGGUACAAGGGAUGGAAAUGCUCGUGACUUACUUAACAACUACGCUCUCUAUCUUUUGAAUGAGAUCAAGCCUGUUUCUGUUACACCUGGAAAUGCAUUUCCCAGGGGAAUAUCUAAAUAUGUUGAUCGCGGAACGCUUGAAAUGUGUCUUUAUCUUACCAUUCUUUCCCUUUCAGUGGUCAUGGCGGGAUCAGGAGACUUGCAAGUAUUUCGGCUGUUGAGAUUUCUCCGCAGCCGGAAUUCUGCUGAUGGACAUGCAAACUAUGGUACUCAAAUGGCGGUGAGCUUAGCCACGGGUUUCCUGUUUCUUGGAGGUGGUAUGCGAACAUUUUCAACAAAUAAUGGGUCACUUGCAAUGUUGCUCAUCACUCUCUAUCCACGGUUGCCUUCUGGACCAAAUGACAAUCGGUGUCACCUCCAGGCAUUCAGGCAUUUAUAUGUCCUUGCCACGGAGGCUCGUUGGCUGCAGACUAUUGAUGUUGAUUCCGGUCUGCCUGUAUAUGCACCUCUAGAAGUCACGGUAAAAGAGACGGAACUUUAUUCAGAAACAAGAUUUUGCGAGGUUACCCCGUGCAUUUUGCCAGAGCGUGCUAUUCUAAAGAGAAUUUGUGUCUGUGGUCCCCGAUACUGGCCCCAACAAGUUGAGCUUGUCCCAGAAGAGAAACAUUGGUGGAGCCUUGGGGACAAGAGUGAUCCCUUCAGUUCUGGUGUUAUAUAUGUCAAAAGGAAAGUAGGAGCUUGUUCGUAUGUUGAUGAUCCAGUUGGGUGUCAGUCACUGCUUUCACGAGCAAUGCAUAAGGUUUUUGGUUUAAGAACUCUGGACGAAGAUAAUAUGCUUGCUAAUAGCCACAGAGAACUGGAUUCUGAUAGCGUUGAUCACUUGGUCAGCACUUUCUCAUCGGAUCCAAGCCUAAUAGCCUUUGCACAGUUGUGUUGUGACAAAUCUUGGAAUGACAGAUCUGAUUCUGAUUUCAAGGAGUUCUGUCUGCAAGUGUUGUUUGACUGUAUAAGCAAGGACAGACCAGCUCUUUUGCAGGUUUAUUUAUCUUUAUAUACAACCAUUGGUUGUAUGGCUGAGCUGCUUGUCAAAAGCGAUAGUAAUGUUUGUGAUUCACUAUCCAUCUCAAGCCUCAAGGUUGCUCUUGCCUACAACGAGGCGGUAUCAAAUGGAAGAUUGGCCUCUUCAGGUGGUUUUGUCCAAUCAAUCUUCUUGGCAUCAAUAGGGAAACGGUGUGAAGAGAUUUUGAAUAGCUCAAGGGAGCUGAAGAUGAAGUUGAGAAAUUAUCUGACCUCGGAAGCAUGGCCUGAUGACGAUAACUCAAAGUUGCAGAAAGACACAAUCCUUCUCUCAUGGUAUAUAAAAUGGUUCAGUGUACCGUCUCCAUCGAUCAUCAAAGCAGCAGUGGAAAAGAUCAAGUCCAAGCGCAAGAUGUCAACUUCGGCAAUACCUCUGUUACGAUUGUUGUUACCAAGUACGCAUAUUAUUGCGAUAAGUGAAAUUGAUAGGGUGUUUUUCCCCUCGAAUGAAACAACAAGUGCAUUGUGAAAAAUCAGCAUUUGGUUAUAUUUUAUAGAUUAAUCUUUGAAGCAAAGAGUACCUAACUUUGUUGUGAAACCAGGGUCGAUUUCAAGAUUCCAAAAUCAAUGUGCUAUAUAACAAACGCCAUAUACUGUAAUUCAUAUGGGAAACCACUACUACACGUGACUUGUCAAUCCGAAUUAAAAAAAAAAAAAAAGUAUCUCCAUUUGGUACACAAAUCUCACCGUUAAGACGACUCUUAUCAAACUCCUCAUCGCUGUGUCUCUAUAACCACCAUUACUAUCAAAAUCUUGGUCUCUAAGGACCACCCUUCCCACAUGUCUUUUUGGAGCCUUCUCCUCGUCUUCUGAUUAAUCUUAGUAUUUCAUUACAUAAUCUGCAGCGUUCGAAUCUUCAGAGUAGUGGGAUUCGAAUUCAUCUGAAGAAGACUCAAGUCAGCAGCACAAGUAAUCUUGUCCAUGGUCGACUUUGACAAGAGGGAAGUGGUUCUUGGAACUGAUAUCCAUCAUCAUCUCUUCUUCAUUCACAGUCGCAUAAUAAAUUUAUAAACGUUUUCGUCGUCUGCGGUAUAACGACUAGAAUGAUCAUCAGCUUCAAUCUCUUGAGCUGCUCUUGGAAGCUGGAACAAACUCUCUAAGAAGAGGCAAGAAACGAGACAGUUUUCUCUGGUGCUCUGAGUUAAUGUCUGGUUUGAAUCUAUGAUUUUCGUGAUAAUCUGAUAAGAAAGAAUCCU